CCCCGCGUCCCCGGCGCCCGGCCCGCCCGGCCCCGCUCCCCCGGCCGCCCGCCGCCCGCCCCGGACCCCGCCUCGCCUCGCAGGCCGCCGCAGCCCGCGCCGCCAUGGGGGUGGAGGGCUGUACCAAGUGCAUCAAGUACCUGCUCUUCGUCUUCAAUUUCGUCUUCUGGCUGGCUGGAGGCGUGAUCCUGGGCGUGGCCCUGUGGCUGCGCCACGACCCGCAGACCACCAGCCUGCUCUACCUGGAACUGGGAGACCGGCCGGCCCCCAGCACCUUCUACGUGGGCAUCUACAUCCUCAUUGCCGUCGGGGCCGUGAUGAUGUUCGUCGGCUUCCUUGGCUGCUACGGCGCCAUCCAGGAGUCCCAGUGCCUGCUGGGGACGUUCUUCACCUGCCUUGUGAUCCUCUUUGCCUGUGAAGUGGCUGCUGGGAUCUGGGGCUUUGUUAACAAGGACCAGAUUGCCAAGGACGUGAAGCAGUUCUACGACCAGGCCCUGCAGCAGGCGGUGGUGGACGAUGAUGCAAACAAUGCCAAGGCUGUGGUGAAGACCUUCCAUGAGACGCUCAACUGCUGUGGCUCGUCCACGCUGACCACGCUGACCACGUUAGUGCUGAGGAACAACCUGUGUCCCUCAGGCAACAACGCGAUCACCAGCAUGCUGGAGGGCGACUGCCACCAGAAGAUCGAUGAGCUCUUCUCGGGAAAGCUGUACCUCAUUGGCAUCGCCGCCAUCGUUGUGGCCGUCAUCAUGAUCUUCGAGAUGAUACUGAGCAUGGUGCUGUGCUGUGGCAUCCGGAACAGCUCCGUGUACUGAGCCCCCGCGGGCCCGGUCACAGGGACCCCUGCGGAGCCGACAGAGGGACCGGAGGCCGCCGCGGGCCGCCGCCACCUGUGUAUAUAAUGUUUCCGGUAUUACUCUGCUACACUUAGCCUUCUCACUUCCGAGGUUUUGUUUUGUUUGAACUCUCCUGUUAACUUGGGGGCUGUGAGGGUGGAAGCCGGCCGGGGCCCUGGAGACCACGCUGUGCUUCCAGGCUCCCGGGGCUCCGCCUGCUGACCGAGGCCUCUCAAGGCUGCUCGUCCGGAGGUCCGCGUGGCUGAGCUGGGGGCUGUGUCCACCCAAUCCGCCCAUCCUGUGGGCUGCACAGCCCCCUUCUUUUUAAUCCUUGCCCCUCUCCUCCCCCAUCCCGAGAGCUGGGUCUGUGAGCAGUCUUAUAUGCCUUCAAUGUACUUGUCCUUUCUAACACGUCACCUUCAGCUGUAAUUACAUCUUAAACAGUCAUUUAAUAAAGAAGGAAAAACCAGGCAUGCUAA